UUUUUCAACAACCCUCACCCCCCAAAAAAACACUUUAUCAACAAUGUUCGGUCGAGGAAGCUCCUGUUUCAAGUGCGGUCAGCCCGGUCACGUCGCUGCCGCUUGCCCCGCUGCGGACCCCACCUGCUACAACUGUGGUCAGCCCGGUCACCUUUCUUCCGGCUGUGCCCAGCCCAAGAACAAGGCCUGCUACACCUGUGGCGCUGAGGACCACCUCUCCUCUGCCUGCCCCCAGAACCCCAACGCCGGUGGCGGUUUCGGCGGUGCUGGCGGUGCCGGCGGUGAGUGCUACCGAUGUGGCAAGCCCGGCCACAUUGCCCGUAUGUGCCCCGAGUCUGGUGACGCUGCUGGCGGUGCCGGUGGCUUUGGCGGCUACGGCGGUGGUUACGGCGGUGGUGCCGGUUUCGGUAACAAGUCUUGCUACACCUGUGGUGGUGUCGGCCACAUCGCCAGGGAGUGCCCCAGCGGUGCCGCUCGAGGCUUCGGCGGUCAGGGCAACUUUGCCGCUGGUCCCCGAAAGUGCUACAACUGUGGCCAGCCCGGUCACAUCUCUUCCCAGUGCUCCCAGGAGCAAGGCCGAACCUGCUACUCUUGUGGCCAGCCCGGCCACAUCGCCUCUGCCUGCCCCGCUGCCGGUGGUGCCGCCCCCGCCGAUGCUCCCUCCGCCUAAAUGCCUUGAGAGUGUGAUGCGGGCGACGAUGUGUAGAUAGGAGUGGUGUUGUGGCGUAGUAGGCGGAAUGAGCGAAAGCGAAACAGCUGGUUGCGUAGUCAUUUCGAGAAUAUUCUUUUUACCACUCUCUCAUGCCCAUUGGCGUUUGUUCAUAUAUCAUCAUAACUUUCCUGGGUUCUUUAGCAAACAAAAAACAGAUCGUUGCUCUGCGAUGUAUCUCCUGGCUCGUGA